AGAGAGAGAGAGAGAGAGAGAGAGAGAGAGAGAGAGAGAGAGAGCAGGUAUCAUAAGGCACCUGUCUGUUUGGAUAGAGUUGCUAGGAAGAUCCUGCACUGGCUGGAUCUGGGAACAUUUCUCUGUUUGGUUCAUCCUCUUCUAACCUUCGUCUACUGUGAAAGGGUAACAUCACCCAUUUCACAAGGUCUCUGUAUUUGGAAUACAUAGGAAUGGCAGAUUUUCCUGGGAUGGUGAACACUCAGACAAGCUCUCAGACAAGUCACGUCAGUGUCAUGAACACAUUUGUUGACUUGAACUUCAUUAAGAGCAUGCCUGGGAUACUUUUGCUGGUGGAGAUUGUGUUUGGCUUGCUGGUGUGGGCACUUGUCACCAGUACUGCCUACUGGAUCGUGCCUGCCUAUAGCUGGGUGUUGUUUGUGAGCAUAACACUGUGGCUCCUCAGCAUUGUGCUCUUCAUCAUGCUCUUUUUGGGUAUGAGGCACAAAUUGCCCUCUAUACCCUGGCCUAUAGUGCUGCUGGUGUUUUAUGGGGUUGCAGCUAUCCUGUAUUUCACAGCCUUUCUGGCAAAUACAGUCUCAAUCACUGCCUUUGGAGGGGGCUAUCACAUUGGUCACGUGGCAGCGGCUGCGUUUUUUGCUAUUUUUGUGACGAUGGCUUAUGGUGCCAGCACCGCCUUUGCUUACAUAGAGUGGAAGGGUGAUGGAGGAAAUGCAGCUAUGACUACUGUUCCUGUGUAGAGACACACUGUGUCUGUGCUUAUGCUUUGAGAAGGGACUCUGAUGAAUUCUUAAUGUGACCUAAAGGAGAUCAUGAUGAACCUUACUUGCAUUUGAUAGCAUUUUUCUGCUAUUACACAGCAAAAAAUUACAUCUUACCAAGUCAAAAUAUCUUCAAUAUAGUCAAAUUUAUCUAGUAUUUCCUAUUAUAAGAUUACAAUAAACCAAAUAUAUGUUUGAAAGAAACAAAAUGACCUGCCUAUAGGAUAAGAAAAUCUAAAGCAUGUAAAUGUGUAGAAGCAUUUAAAUCCAGGCUGAAUAAUAUAUUUGACUUAUAAUACAACAAUAUAAUCUGAUAACAAGAAAUGAUAGAUAUCUCUGCCUAUAUGCAAGAUAUUUUACUGGCUAAUAUAUAAUUUUCUUAAGUGUACAGAAGCUGUAUGUUUUAGAUACAUUUUGUUUGCUUGUAAAGUUAUACAGGAUGAGUAUUUCUGUUUUUUCUUUUCUUUUCUUUUUAUUUUUACACCUGAUCAAAUAUAUUUAAUUCAUGAC